AUGGGUGCAAACGACCGCGUAGACGAACCACAGUCCUACUAUGAGCAAGGCUCCACCGUCGUGCGACGCGCCGUUAAACACGUCGGCGAGACGUAUACAAAGCCAGGCAUGGACCGUGUCGGCCAGUCGUUUGACAGACGCCCCAUCUUCACGGCUUUUGUGGUUAUCUUCUCCUUCCUGAGCCUCAUUCCUGUGCUCUCCUUCGCUGCAUUCACCGUCUUCGUCUUCGGUCUCUUUUUCUCGCUCGCGUUCGGUGCCGCCCUCCUCGCUUCCCUCUUUGUCGUGCUCAUCGCAGUGAAUUCACAUGCACACUCGGUCCAAGGCGGCUUCUUGGCAUGCACCUUGCUACUCUUGCUCCUCGUCGCGUCCUUCCUCACCUGCUCUGCACUCGGAACACUCGUCGCCGGGCGACUCGUCUUUUAUAUGCGCGUUCACGGACUCCGUGACGGACUUGGUGCUUGGGCGCAAGAGAUGCGAGGUCGUCUACUGUCGUCUGCGGAAGAACCGGCAGAGAAGACAGAAGAUAUCGUGAUUAAACCCGAGCAAGGCAAGCAAGACGAGCACCUCUCGGACUCUAGCUCCACUGUGGUCGUCGAAGGUGCUCCCCAUAACGACGCCACGGAGCUGUGGAAGCAGACUAGCCACUGA